AAGCGGAUUGGAGAAGGGUUGGGGUUUUUGGCUUCGCGGAGGCGGCAAGGCGAGGCGAAUCGCGAGGAGCGGAGGAGGAAGGGUAGGGUUUCGCGUCACGGAGGGGAGGGGAUCGAGAGCUCCUCCUCCUCCGCCGUCUCCGCCUUUGCUCUCUUCCUUUCGCCUGUUGUUGCGAGAAGGCGGCCGCCAUUUUCUUGAUUCCGACCUUGCAGCACUCAGAUAUCUGCUGAAUCUGGUGAUAGCGCAGCUUGUUCAUCUGUAUUUCACAAUGGAGGAUCUUCCGGAUGCCCUUAUUGGAGAGAUCGUCAAGAGGGUUAGCAGUACAAGUGAUCUGAGCUCUCUUUCCCUUGUGUCAAAGCGUCUCUACAAAAUUGAGGCAGAGAGCAGGCAUACGAUCCACAUAAGCUGUAGCCUUGGACCAGCAACAGAUGCCAUAGUAUCACUUUGUUCCCGAUUUCACAACUUGUUGAAAGUAGAUAUCAAUUACUCUGGUUGGACGCAGGACCAUGGGAACCAGUUGGACAACCAUGGUCUCCGUAUUCUUUCAUCAUACUGCCUCUCGCUGAGUGAUAUCACCUUAAGCUUCUGCUCAUACAUUGAUGACACUGGUCUUGGUUAUCUAGCAUUUUGCAAGAAAUUGAUCACCCUCAGACUGAACUCUGCAACAAAAAUAACAUCAAGUGGACUUCUCGCUGUGGCUGUUGGUUGCAAGAAUCUAUCUGCUCUCCACCUCAUCGAUUGCAAUAAAAUCAGUGGCGCCUUUGAAUGGCUGAAGUACCUUGGCAGUGAUGGAUCACUGGAAGAACUUAAGGUGAAGAACUGUGUAGGAAUCAACCAAUACAGCCUUCUAAUGUUUGGUCCAGGAUGGAUGAAGCUCCAGAGGUUUGUGUUUGAGUUCAGAAAUAUUUACAGCAUAUUUGAAUCUAAAGAUCCCUCGUAUGUGGCGAAUUGCCAGUAUAGAUAUGAUUUCUCCUGUGAGAAUUUGAAGCAAUUGAGCUUGAGACGGAUUGUGACCAUGGAAGAAAUAGGACUCCGCUCUCUCCUGGGAAAAUGCAAAUCACUAGAGAAACUUUGCCUUCAUUUUGUUCUUGGUCUAACUGACAGUGACAUGAUUACACUCGCCCAGAACUGCAGCAACCUUAGAAGUAUCUCACUUCAACUUGAGCCUGUCUUCUGUGAAGGACCUGAAGGUAGAGUCUGCAGGACGCCGUUGACUGAUGAAAGCCUCAAGGCUUUAGCCGGGUGCCGUAUGCUUCAAGUUGUUGAGCUCACAAUGUUUGGUUGUGAUUAUGCUUAUCCAGAAAUAGGCUUCACCCAAGAGGGCCUUAUGAUGUUUUUUCAGUCUUGCCCAAUCCGUGAUCUUGUGCUAUGUGGCGCCAAUAUCUUUGAUGAUGAGGGGAUGAAGGCCCUCUCAUCUGCACAAUUCCUGCAGACGCUCUAGCUUAUGGAUUGCGUAUAUAUAACUGAUGCUGGGAUGUGCUUGCUUGCAGAUAGCCCAUCUUUGGUUAACCUUACACUGCGGCAAUCUGACGGUUUUUCUGAUGUUGGAGUUGGUGAGGUUGUACGUGCACGGAAAUUGGAUUCUCUGAUUGUUGAAGGUUGUAGCAGGGUAUCUCAGAAAGCUGUUCUGGGGACUGCCAAAUCUAUUCGCUAUGAACGAUAUUAUCCUGGUUAUGGGAAGCUAAGAAGAUCAAGCUUGAGCUUCGGGCAGGAUUGAGUCCCCUCAAGAUCUUCAGUUGUUUUUUGGACCCCCUGUUGAAGUGCACAGCAUUGACGGCUGCUGUUUUCAUUUUUCAUAUUUCUGGACCUGCUUUUGGUGAUUGUCUGUCAGUCGGUUAUAUUAGCUUGUAAUAGUGAUUUUUAUAAGGCAUCUGAUGUGUGAAAACCAUGGUAAUGGUCAACACAAUGGUACCCUGCAACCAGUGAUUUACUUAUUUCCUGAUGCUUUCUUCUCUGUUCACCCAUCCCAAAUCCAUGAAACUCGGCUACUCAUUGACUCAAAUGUUUUAAAAGUUCUGCAUUGUGGAAGUAGUGAAUUCUGGAAGUAUGAAAGACAUGAGUGCCCAUAUUUUCAAGACUUUGGAUGGCAAUACAUGUACAUAUCAUAUAUUGGUAGUCUGGAAAAUUAGGUAACCCUUCCCAUGGUUCUUAACAUAUUUUUCUAGGGGAAUGCUGUGGAUCCAGUCCUAUGAGAUGAGCAGGUUUUCAGUCAGUUUUGAUCUGAACAUUCCUGCAUUUGAGGAGCAAGCAGAUAUUCUCGCAGGCGGAGAGUGAAGCAAUGUCGUGUACAAGGGAUAUCUGUUGAUGUAAGCUCAAGAAAAACGAAGAAUUGUGAGCUAUAAAAAGAUUGGAAUUGAUUGAACAGUGGGACUACUAUACUGCCCCUUGCAGAGGGUCUGGUGUGAACAAAAACUCAUCACUUCUUCCUAUAUAGUUGGUACCUACUACAAGUAUUAACACUAUAAAGAAGCAUGCAGGUUAAGCCACGUCAUCGAUAACCAAUAGCCGUCGGAUCACGUGUAUCUUUCUUUGUUGUUGUUUAGCUGGAAUUCAUUCAUUCGUUCAAUGGCCAUGCAGGCUGUAAGUAAGCAAAAUGCCAUUGGUAAUUAAACACAUCAAUGGAUGACUCACUUGAGUGCUCCUA